AUGGCGUCACAAAUCCCCCAGAAGCUAAAGACAGCCGACUUAACAAGAUUCAUCGUCAAGGCAGCACAACUCGAAAAUGCGAAGCCAGUCAUAUCAUAUUGGUGUGAAUUCUGGAUUGUCAAUCAGAUCCUCGCGAAAGGACUACAUAAUGGAGAUGCGGAAACGUUACAAUACACAACUACUUUGAUGGAUAAACUCGAGACGAUAAAAUCCGAAAACCCAGAUAAUGAUGCGAUCAUGGAUGAAACUGCAGGUCAGGCAUAUGUCGAACAAUUUGCCAUGGAAAUCUUCUCGAGGGCAGAUCGGGCUGUUGAAGCAAACAAGGUUACAAAACAAACUGCAGAUACAUUUCAAGCUGCAGCAACUUUCUUCGAUCUUUUGAAUAUCUGGUCACCACCGGACCCGGAAACUCAGGCCAAAAUCAAGUAUGCGAAAUGGAACGCUGUGCGGAUCGUAAGGGCAUUAAAAGAAGGGAAGGAUCCUAAUGAAUCUAAUCCCAAACCACAAUCGGCUCCCAAGGAUGACCUACCAACAUUAGAUCCGAACGAUCCUGAGGUGCAGCAGCUUGGGGAACAGAAAGCAAAGCAACCUUCCGUGGAAGAGGUGCAAGAUGAGCAAGAUGGAUUGGAAGCAAGGUUAGCAAGACAAUCAUCCUUAGAUCGUUCUUUGCAUCCUUCUGAACAAGUCUCUGCUCGUGCGUCCCCUACCAGCAAACCGGCUCCCUUUGAACCAUACCCGCGUGAUGGUUUUCCCUACACUGCAGUCCAAGAUGAAAACAUUUCGCCUCUUGAGCCAUCCCCGAAAGGCAGAAAUGGAUCGGUAGGUGGGGGAUAUUUCCCGGAGGUUCCAACUUUUACAUCAGAGCCUCGGGAUUCAACCUUACCAACGGCUCCUGCUCCAGAUAAUGCAUUCGAUCUCGGACUCACAGAUACAUCUUCUCUUGGAGCUCCUGGCCAAUCUACCGGAAUGAAACCAUCCUCUGAUCUUCAAUCGUUUCCACCUCCAACCUUACCUGGAGAACAACCAUCGACUACUGCACCUCAAGACUUUUAUCCUCGAUCACCACCAUAUGCAUCGCCCACCACCGACCAACCUACCUUCCAAUCUGGAUCUACCCAACACACAGCAGCAACUAUCCCAUCAGCGCCACAAUCUCGCGGACAAUUAAACACAGACGAUGAAGCAAUUGCCAAAGCACAAAAACAUGCAAGAUGGGCAAUUUCGGCAUUGAACUUUGAAGAUGCGGAAACGGCAGUGAAAGAGUUAAGGGCUGCACUGCAAACUUUGGGCGCGCAAUAA